AUGCCGUUUGCAUACCUAUUUUGCAAACGUCAAUCUGGCAGUCACGUCAAGCCCACUUUCCAUAGAGUCAAUCUGGCAAGUGUCAAGGAACCAGAUUCUCUUGGGAACCCUUGUAAUAGAAGCUUUUCACCAUCUACAUUUCAGUGUAAUCUUCGCAAAAAAUUCUCUACAGAAUUGGGGUUUUCUGGAAAAGGGUCACGGAUAUCGGGUCAUAAUGGAUUUCGGGUUGAGUCCACCUCCAGCGGUGGUGGAAGUGGUGGAUACGGUGGUUCCGACUCUGGAAGUUCUGGUGGAGGUGGUGGUGAUGGUGGCGGCGGCGACGGCGACGGCGGCAAGAAAUGGUCGUUUGUUUCAUGGUAUUUGACUCUUCUUGAAGCACACCCUGUAUGGACAAAAGCAGUGACAUCUGCACUUUUGACUUUCGUUGGAGACUUGAUAUGCCAGGUUGUAAUCGAUCAAGUGUCGUCUUUGGAUCUGAACGGGUAUCUCUUUUCACGCUUCUUGGGCUGGUUUUGGUUGGACCCACAUUGCACUUCUGGUACUUAUACUUGAGUAAAUUGGUAACAAUGACUGGAGCUUCAGGUGCUUUUGUGCGCCUCAUAAUCGAUCAGUUUAUAUUUGCUCCGGCUUUUAUUGGAGUUUUUCUAUCAACAUUGGUGACAUUAGAGGGGAGGCCAUCCCAGGUUAUGCCAAAGCUUCAGCAGGAGUGGGUAUCUUCGGUUAUUGCAAAUUGGCAGCUAUGGAUACCUUUUCAAUUUCUCAACUUCCGUUUUGUCCCUCAGCAAUUUCAGGUCCUUGCAGCUAACUUUAUUGCAUUGGUGUGGAAUGUAAUUCUAUCGUAUAAAGCUCACAAAGAAGUAAUUGCAAAAUAGGUUAGGAUGAAGGUUGUGAAGCUUGGGUUCAUGUAUUGAUUGUAUGCCAAUGGGGGCAUGAUUACCAGGGUGGAGAUGAUGCUUUUGACCAAGCUACAAAGGAAGGGGGAGAUAGAGAUACAUUAACUGUUAUGGCGCCUAUUGCUAAAAAAGAAAAGAGAAAUAAAGCUUAUGAUGUGGACAUGAUAUCUGAAACAAGAAGGUGCUCCUUCAUAGCAAUGUACUAUUAGGUCAUAUAGUUAGGGAAAACCUCUUAAUAACAAUGUACAAUCGGAUCCUCUUUAUACCAAU